GCGACCAACCGCUGCUAAAAAUAAAGCGUGGCGACUGGCGAGGCGAGCGGACCUCCCGUCGAUUCCCUCCCGUCCCGUCCCGUCCAUUCCCUCGCCGUCGCCGCCGUCGGAGCGCCGGAUGACGCAGAGCAUGAGAGGCGGAGGGAGCGGCCGCGGCCACGGGAAAGGCCAAUACAGCAGCAGCAGCAACAACCACCACCUCCACCACACCGCGCUGUGCUGCCUCUCCGCCGCGCCGCCGCUGCCGGGGGACGCCACGCCGACGCUGACGCCGGAGCCGGAGGCCGCGGCGGCGGCGGCGGCGGGACCGGCCGUCGCGGUGGAGGGCGUGCUGCACAAGUGGACCAACUACGGCCGCGGGUGGCGGGAGCGCUGGUUCUCGCUCCGGGACGGCGUCCUGUCCUACUCCAAGAUUCGGGCCGACGCGGGGGCGCGGGCGCGGGCGGGCGCGGCGGACGGAGACGACAGGGAGGUUAGGCUGAUCGGCUCCAGGGUGGGAGGAGCCCGCCGCACGGAGAAGCCCGCCGGCGUCGUUUUCCUCAAGGUGUCAGCAUUUCGGGAGAGUAAGUCGGACGAUAGGAGAUUCUACAUAUUUUCCCCCACCAAGACGCUUCACUUGAAGACGGACUCGAAAGAUGACCGUGUUGCCUGGAUUGAGGCCUUGAUCCUGGCAAGGAGUGUUUAUUCUCUCGGGUCACUCAGUGGGAGAGUAACUUUCGUGCAGAGUGAUGCUUCGAUUUCAACAGCAAGGCUUAGAGAUCGAAUGCAUCAGGAGGGUCUGAAUGAGAGUCUUAUACAGGACUGUGAACAGAUUGUGCUUUCUGAGUUCUCAAGCUACCGGAAGCAACUGAAGCGGCGUUACGAGGAUUACUUAAGCUUGUUUGGAUCCUGCAGACAUCAUUUUGAGGAAGGUAAAGAUGGAAGUAUAACACAGGAGGCAUUGACAAGAAAUGACUUCUCUAGUUCUCGGCAUGGAAAUUUUAGCGAAUAUAGCACCACAGAAUCUGAUGAGCAUGAGUUUGAGAAGCACGAUGGAGGUGAAUUGACUUUUGAAGAUGAAUCUACAUUCUUUGAUUCUGUAGACUACUUCACAGAGUCAGACAACAGAUCGUCAACCAUGUUAAGCAGUCAGGAAGUUGUGGAUUCCCAAACACAUGAUUCCACUAACAACAUAGUGCCGCAAAUCAGACGACGGAUUAGGCUGCCUGAGCCUACUGAGAAAGAGAAAGGGAUCAGUCUCUGGUCCAUUAUUAAAGAUAGUGUUGGAAAGGAUUUGACACGAGUUUGUCUUCCAGUUUACUUCAAUGAACCACUCUCAUCCCUUCAGAAGUGCUUUGAAGAUUUGGAAUAUUCAUACCUCUUGGAUCAAGCAUAUCAACAUGGAAAAGUGGGGGACAGCCUCAUGAGAAUUCUCAAAGUAGCUGCUUUUGCGGCCUCUGGUUAUGCUUCAUCUGUUGCAAGACCUUGCAAACCAUUCAAUCCAUUGCUAGGAGAGACCUACGAAGCUGAUUACCCUGACAGAGGAGUUCGUUUUUUUGCAGAAAAGGUUAGUCAUCAUCCAAUGCUGAUUGCCUGCCACUGUGAAGGCAAGGGCUGGAAAUUCUGGGGCGACAGCAAUGUCAAAUCCAAGUUUUGGGGGCAGUCAAUUCAAGUUGAACCAGUUGGCACUUUGACUCUGGAAUUUGAGGAUGGUGAAAUCUUCCAAUGGAAUAAGGUCACAACGACCAUUCACAAUCUCAUUCUUGGGAAGUUGUACUGCAGCCACCAUGGAACCAUGCACAUAAAAGGGAAUCGUCAGUAUUCAUGUAAACUGAAGUUCAAAGAGCCAUCACUUCUUGACCGGAAUCCUCAUAUAGUACAAGGCUUUGUAGAGGACAAUAACGGGAACAAAGCUUCGUUUUUGAUAGGGAAGUGGGAUGAAAGCAUGUAUUGUAGUGAUUCUGAUACUUUCAAGGUGAAGAGCGCCGAUCAACUGAAAGGUGCCUCGCUGCUGUGGGAAAAGAACAAACCUGCUCCUAACCCAACACGAUAUAAUUUGUCUUCAUUUGCGAUCACACUGAAUGAGUUAACCCCAGGGCUGCAGGAGAAACUUCCACCUACUGAUUCACGGCUGAGACCAGAUCAGCGCCACCUAGAGAAUGGUGAAUACGAGAAGGCGAAUGCAGAGAAGUUGAGAUUGGAACGACGACAAAGAAUGUCUACGAAACUUCAAGACAAUGGCUGGAAACCCCGGUGGUUCGAACAGGACACCGAGGACGGGACGUAUCGCUACAAAGGCGGAUACUGGGAAACAAGAGAGAAGGGCUGCUGGGAUGGGUGCCUCGACAUAUUUGGGGAAUUUGUCGAAACAUGAGCAUCCUGUUCUUUUAGCAGAAGAGGUUUAAGUAGCCAACACGCGUCAGGUAACGCUAUUCAGAAACAAUGGAGCACUGCCAUCUCCAGUGGAGCAUCCUCUUGCUGAAGAAGAAAAGGGGGAGCCUUGUGCGAGGAGUAGAGCAUUGGAGACGAAGGCAUUGCCAUGAUGAACUGAAUGGUAGCAUAGUAUAUGAUUGGCCACGGAGAGGCAUUGCCAGCCUGUUAGUAUAGUAGUAUAGUUCCAAUGCAAAUAAGAAUGCUAGUAUUCAUUCUUUGGUUCCUUGUGUUGAACAUGGAUCUGUUGUUGCUGAUAGGCUACCUGGUGUGGAAGAGAUUUGCUUGCUCGGCUAGGCAAAAGUCUGCCUGCCCAUGUAAUGUUUUUUGCCGAUUGCAACCGGGACUGGAAAAAAACAUCUUCUGUAGAGAAGAGAGACAGUAAACUUACAUGAUCCUGACAUAAUUCAGCAAACAAUCAUUACUACCUUA